GUUGCUCAAUUCCACCAACACCGGACAUCGUGGUCUUCGGACGAGGAUGCGAGAUUCACCUUUAAAGCCCAUGCUCGUCUUUUGCUUUUUGCUCAUUCUCCACCAUCAUGUCCUGGCACGACCUUCCCACUGAAAUGCACCUCGCCAUCCUCGACGUUCUCGACUACGAGCAAGUCAGAGCUCUCUCCACCGUCGACAGAACUACCUACGAAGCUUGUGUUCCGUCUUUGUUCAAGUCAGUCACAUUGAAUACUCAUGAUGCUCUCGAACAAUUCCUCGAAAACGUCCCCAAGGACUACUGCAGAUACAUCCAGUCCAUCCAAGUCGAUCUCAAGCGUCAGGAUUUCAAUCGCAGCGGAAGAAAGGAGCGAACCAAUAGUCUAAUAUCCCUUCUUCAAGCUUGCCUCCGGUUGGUUGCACUGGACGUACGAAAUGCAGGGUAUCUUCACCCGGAUAUUCUAUCCUGUGUGCUUCCCUCCUUAAGGAGCCUCGUACUGAGCCAUUGGGAUCCUGAGGAAAUGAUGCCAUUGAGUGAACGCCUUGUUGUUUCAUUUGCUGCAUCACUUCCGCUGUUGAACCAUCUUUCUAUUAGUGGUGCUACACGAAGUACACUACAUGCCCCGGACCUCGUUGGUGUCUACCCACCUGUCCCUCUUGUCGUUGGAGACAGUGAUAUACCUGCUCAUCCCAUCUUUGGAAACGACUUGAAUCUCCCCAGUCUGCUCAGACUCACUGGGCUGCGCACCCUCAGCAUUAAAGACACCCACCUCGGAGAUGCACGCUGGGACACGGAGCAAGUGUGCUGCCAAUUAGAGCGUGUCGAUUUGAUGGGCUGCUGCGAGGAAGGAUGGACAGAACGUAUCAUGGCUCGUGUGGGCCGUACCGUUGGCGAAUUCGGCUUAAGCGUUCCGGUCAAACCAGCAAGCGUCAAAGGCUUGGCGUCCUUGAAGAAGCUGCGCAUUGGGGAAUAUUUCCCCGUCGACGACGUAGCUGAAACGCUUGGGGUCUUCGCAGGCAGCCCCAUUGAACGUGUCGAAAUGGAAUGCUUCGAGGAAGACGUAGUGGAUGUAUGUACGGAGCUAGAGGGAUGGUUGCGCCGCAGGGGAGAGGGCCUUUGGCAGAGACUUGAACGUGUGGAUGUCAACGUUCUUGAAAGCUCGGACGACGACGACGAAGAAGAGAAGAAGAAGGAGGCCAUGGGGAAACUUAUGAGAAUAUGCGGCGAGUUGAGGGUUAAAAGCCGCAUUAGCGGGCAGCGCAAUGGGAAGCAGCGGAUCUUCUCAGAGAACAUGAGAUGGCCAGAUGGACGAGUUCGAGCCAACACCGUCUAAUCAUCUCACACCGCGUUACUCUAUUAUCGGGACUUUAGUUGGACUAGGUUACUGGGUAUCUUUAUUCCUUUCAUAUUCUAAUAUGUACCAAUAUCUAUCCGCGAAAUAUACCUAGCAGAUAUCUUCAAUUCUCGUCUAAAGACUUCUAACGCGG